AUGUCCAUAAUUCCAAUCACCGGUCAAGACGGCCGUGUUUCCAACCCUUCCCCUUCGAACAUCCUCAAUCGCUUCCCAAAUUUCCCCUUCCCUCUAGAUCUAUGGCACGAUUUCCCUUUCCCUUCCUCAAUCUCCGAUCCCUUCUCUUGGGGAGCCACCGUCAACACUCGCCUCGAUUGGACUGAGACCCCUAACGCUCACGUCCUCAGAGCUUCCCUUCCCGGCUUUGGCAGUGAAGACGUUCUCGUCGAGCUUCAGGAUGAUCGGAUGCUUCAGAUCAGCACUGAAAGCGGUGGUUUUGUUAGUAGAUUCAAGAUUCCGGAGAGUGGGAAAAUUGAGGAGUUGAGUGCGUUUAUGGAUUUUGGGGUUCUCACCGUGUUUGUUCCUAAAGACGAAGAUGAUCGGAGUGGACGCGAUGUACGAGUGGUGGAGAUUACUGGGGAGUAG